AUGACGGGCCCAGCCACCGACAAUAAACAACGCAAGCCCAUCGUCAUAGGCCUCUACGGUGUCCCAGGAUGUGGAAAGUCCUACCUCCUCCACAAGCUCAGCGAAGAGCUUGACACAGACUCCUUCUCCUUCUACGAGGGCUCUGAAGAAAUCGACUCCGUCGCCCCAGGAGGUCUCAAUAACUUCAAGCUCAUGCCUGAAAAUCAGAAGGCACAGUGGCGUGGCGAGGCCAUCAUGAAAAUACAGCGUGAAUGCAUUCAGAACGGGAAAGUGGCCAUCGUGACAGGACACUGUAUGUUCUGGGAGAAGGAAGAUGACAGCAGAAGUCAUGUCAUCACCGCUGCUGAUCUGAGUGUCUACACGCAUGUCGUAUACCUUGAUUUCCCGGAAAACAUCGUUCUUCAGCGUCGUUUGGAGGAUCGCACACGAGGUCGGCCCACAGUGUCGGCAUGGCAUAUUAGGUGUUGGCAACUGAUGGAGAAGGUGGCGAUGGAAACCUGUUGUCUUGACCAUGGAAUCCUGUUUACACUGUGGUCAGGCAGAACCGAUUUGGCCGGUCUUCUUGGUGACUUGAGCAGCCACACCGAAGAGCACAACCUGCAGGUUGCAAAAGAGGUCUUGGACCGUGCUCUUGUAGAUGUGACUGGCUCUGGGUACCUGGAAAAGGUAUUGGUUCUGGACGCCGAUCGAACUUUGACAGCCGAGGACACCGGCAUCAUUUGGUGGAAAGAACAUGAACCCUGGUUGGAGCACCUGGGACGUGAUUGUCCACUGCACAAAGUGUUUGAGUCUGAACGGGGAUAUUCAUAUACGGCCUUCCGGCAGGCCACAUUAAUGUAUGAAGGAGCGGGCGACGCGGAGCACUUUGAAAGGAAAUGCCAAGAUACGGCAAAGAAGGUGAGAAUGUAUCCUCAGCUAUUAGCUUUGCUGCACCUGGUUUCCACUCACAAACACAUCCGUGCACUUGUCGUGACCUCUGGAUUACGUCUCGUCUGGGAGAAGAUCAUCGCUCGGGAAGGCCUGUCCAACUCCGUCACAGUCAUCGGAGGUGGUAGGAUCGCUGAUGGCUUCGUUGUGACAGCUGAAGUCAAGGCCAGUCUAGUCAGACGUCUCCAGACCAACCACAAGGUGGAAGUCUGGGCUUUCGGCGAUAGCCCUCUGGACAUACCCAUGUUGAAGAAAGCAGAUCGCGCGAUGGUGGUUGUCGGUGAUGAGUCAACCAGAAGCCGCAGCAUGGAAGACGAGCUGGGAACAGCUAUAAGAGACGAUUACUUAUCCCCGCACCAAGUUCUGAUCCCUAGCUCUGUUUCACCCCGCUUGGAUACUACCAUCCUUCCGGUAUUGGACCUGAUGGAGCCCAAGUUUAUCGACUCUCUAUUGAGUCAUCGACAUGGCCUCAAUGUCCUCCAUGCAAGUGAAAAGGCGGUCUCGAAGCUUCUACAGACACCAAUGCGAGACGCAUCAUUGGCUGGACCGCCUCUUCAGGAAGCCCAUCGCCGGUGCGGACGAUAUCUGGCAGUUGAAUACCUCGGCGAAUUGAUCGGCCUAGAGACCUACGACAUUCCCCACGUGCAGGGCCACAGGACAAGUGGUUUCCGACUCGGAAAGGAGAAGGACACGGUGAUUGUCGCCUUGAUGCGCGGUGGGGAGCCCAUGGCCUUUGGCGUCUACGAUGUUUUCCCGACAGCUUCAUUCCUGCAUGCUGCGAAAACGCAAGAUGUCACAGCCAAGCGCCUCCAAGGGUGCUCGACAGUGGUAUUGGUCGACUCAGUGAUUAACAGCGGCAAGACAAUUGUUGAGUUUGUGCAGCAUAUUCGCCUAUUGAAACCCUUCAUCCGCAUCGUCGUUGUUGCUGGGGUUGUACAGGCGCAGGCCAUCGCAGGGAAUAGUGCCAUAGCAGCUCUUUCGGUUGGUGGAAAGCUCAAAGUUGUAGCGUUGAGACUUUCGGAGAACAAGUUUACCGGCAAGGGAGGAACUGAUACUGGAAAUCGUCUGUUUAAUACAGUUGAUCAGGAUUGA